GGAAAACAUAUCAAUUAUGAUACGGAGUAUUAUUAUAUAUAUAUGAGUGAUUCGUAACAGACGGCCGGAGCAGAUCGAGUUGAGACUUCAAUUCUAAAAUAUAUAAAGACGGAUGGGAUCGAUGGCGGCGAGGCAGCGGCGGCACGGUGGCCUGCUGGCGACGAUCCUGUGGGUGUGGUGGUGGGUAGUGGUCCACGGCAUGCCGCCAGAGAACCCCCUGGAGUGUAACGCGACGGGAUGCUGGAUCCGCAAUACGUACGGGGUUUGGGGGGACAGAAAGGAUGAGUGCGUAUCGGCGAGAGCGGUGUUCCCGGAGACGGAGGAGGAGCUGCGGGCGGCGGUGGCGGAUGCCAACAAGAACAAGGAGAAGAUAAAGGUGGUCACCAAGUUUUCACAUACUAUACCUAAGUGGGCGUGCCCCGCCGCAUCUGGACCUACCCUAUUCAUUAGCACCCAAAGGUACAACUCAAGCAUCGAAGUGGACAUGGAAAAGGGGGCAGUGACGGCGGAUGCGGGGGUGGGGCUGAGGGCAGUAAUCGAGAGGGUGGAAGAGGAGGGGCUGAGCCUGGUGGCGUCGCCGUAUUGGGAGGGCGUGAGCGUUGGCGGGGCGAUAAGCACGGGGGCUCACGGCAGCUCAUGGUGGGGGAAGGGCGGAGCACUUCACGACCACGUGAUUGGGAUGAGCGUUGUAGUCCCCGCUGAGGAGUCGGAGGGGUAUGCAAAAGUGUUAAGGCUGAAGGCGGACGAGCCUCUCCUCAACGCUGCCAAACUCUCCUUAGGAUUGCUUGGCGUUAUUUCCAAGGUAACAUUGUCACUAGAGCCAGCAUUCAAACGAAGCAUAACAUACAAUUUCACAACGGAUAGCGGGCUUGAGAAUGAAUACAUGAUGCAUGCAAAGAAGCACGAAUUUGCAGACCUUCAAUGGUAUCCUUCCCAAAGCACUGCAGUUUAUAGAUACGAUGAUAGAGUUCCUCUACACACUCCUGGAGACGGUGUCUAUGAUUUCAUUGGCUUUCGUUCCAAUUUUAUUCCACUCACCAAUAUCAUUCGAGCCACAGAAGAGAGCAUGGAAAAAAGGAGAGACGUAAAGGGAAAAUGCAUACUGGCGAGAAGUUACGCAGCGGCAAAGAAAUUGAUGGGAAACGGAUUGAAGAACGGCGGCGGUGUUGGGGUGGCGUUCACCGGAUAUCCGGUGGUGGGGCGGCAAGGCAAGAUGCAGACCUCCGGCUCCUGCCUCUACACAUCGGAGUCCGACAAAGGCAACGCCUGCGCGUGGGACCCUCGCAUUAGAUCCGCCCUCUUCUUCUUCGAGUCCACCGCCAUCUUCCCCGCCCACAAGUUCGGGGACUUCGUGCGCGACGUCAAAAGGCUGCGCGACGCGGCCAAACCCGAGUCCUUCUGCGGGGCCGACAUGUACAACGGCUUCCUCGUGCGCUACGUCCCCGCCUCCUCCGCGUUUCUCGGUCAACCCUCGGACUCCGUGGUCGUUGACUUCAACUACUACCGCUCCCGCGAGGCCGGGGCGCCUCGGCUGGACAUGGCGGUGUGGGAGGAGGUGGAGCAGAUGGCCUUUUUCAAGCACGGCGCCCGCCCCCACUGGGCCAAGAACCGCGACCUCGCCUUUGCCGGCGUCGCCAACAAACUCCCCCCUCACGCUCUCGCCAAAUUCCUGGAGGCCAAGAAGUUGUUGGAUCCUCACGGCCUCUUCUCCAACGACUGGUCGGACGAGGUGCUGUUUGGGAAUCGCCCGCCGCCGACGCCGCCUCCUGAUGGCUGCGCUUUGGAGGGGCUGUGUGUUUGUUCGGAAGACCAACACUGUAGCCCUUCCAACGGCUACUUUUGCCGCCCCGGUCUGGUUUACAAGGAUGCUCGUGUCUGUGCUUAUUCCGCUGAUUAAUACUCCACGUACUACUAUGUACUCGUACUUAAUUUAUUAGAUUGUGCAUGUCAUUUCGAUCCAAUAUUUCUACCUAAUUAACCUCGUCGGAUAUAUAGUACUAGUACGUACAUAUUGGUAUUAUUAGGAAAAUAAUUAAAAAGAACUAUAUUACCACCACCUAUCUUUUUUUAAUUGUAACAUUCCUCUUUUCA